UAGGAAUUUUUCCAGUUGAAAAUGUACUCAAGAAGGAGUUAUAUGAGUUUUUCAAUAUUUUAUCAUCAUAAAUUCUGGGUUUUUAUUGCUUUUUGCAGCCAAGCAGCAUGACUAGGCUCUAAAAGAAGCUGUAGUUGUAUUUUUAUAUUCUAAAAAAAACUCCUAUAAAGUCUUUUAGCCUUUUGUCGCGAGGGUAAAGUGUCGCGAGGCUCAAGUUUCAGAGGUACGUGGAGGAGGUGCAGGAGGAGGAGGAGGAGAAGGAGGAGGAGGAGGAGUAUUCAGAAAUCAGAAUUCUCUCUUGUUCGCCGACACAUGGGGUCAAGCGAGCUGAAUGGGUUCACACUGACGGACGGGGGGCUCGGACUCGGACGCGGACGCACGCAGACGCCGAUGAGAGCGCGCGCGUUAAUUAGGAAAACCUGGUCGAGCAAUUAAGCGCGAGGAGAGAACACGCGCGAGCUGGAGCGCUGAAGGUGGGUGAAAAGUUUGUUCAGAGUCUCUAAACGAGUGAGAGAGGAGCUUUUUUCUGUCUCAUCCGGGGAUAAUUUACGCGUCAAGUCUCUCAAAGUGGGUUCCACGUAAGGAGUUUGGGAUCUGCGUGUGCCGGAAAGCGGUGAGUCGCAGCGAAAUUUCGCCUUCGUGAGUUUAAAAAGUCCAAAAGAGAGCGGUAUAACCUGUUACACUGGGGUGUUUUCAACUUUAAAACCCCCGAAAGUUACCGCUAAAGCUAUUUUUACCCUCCUGCCACAUCAGUAUGGCUAAAAUAACCCCACUCCACACUCUCUCCCCGUGGCAUUACUCUGAUUUUCCUUUGUUAUUCUAAUGAGUCCGUGUCCUAUUAAGAGUGGUUUUAACCUUCCUCCUUUAAUCCACCGCAUUUUUGUUCCCCCGCUGAAGCUUGGCAGCACUUUGUUUUCCUCCAGGAAUGCCACAAUUUCCAAAACAAUUCAGUCUGAGUCAGCAAAGCGUGUUCACCACCUCUUUGAAGCCCUUUUUCUUGAGACAGAGCAGGCACCCCAUCUGUAGGAAAACCCUCUCCGUGUUUCUCAGGACUGUACUUUCUGUGCACUGAUUGACAUUUCGAGGUGCUGUCCCUCUGCACAGAUUGCAUGGAGGUUUCAUGUGCCCUCUGUCUGCUCCCUUGAACCCUAAAAUCCAGGCUUUCUGCUUUUGGUUAGGUAGGAAUGUGAAGUCCCUUUUUUUGCUUUGUCCAGAUCCUCUCUGCCCAAAAAGCUCUCCAGCCCCCUCCAUCUCCUCCUGCAGCCCAGUGACUCCCAGGAGCAGAAAAGCCAUUAAAUCAGUUGAGCCCAUAUGAGCAAAUAAGCUACUGUGUGCAAGCUGACUUUGGUUAGCUGCUGCUGCAGAAAUGUUUGCAUUUACUCGAGGGCAGGAUGCAUGUUUGUCCAGGUCAAACCUUUGCAAAAGAAAGGAGGUAGAAGUGUGGGGUUGUAAAGCUCUUUUUGUUGGAGAAGAGACGAGUCUUUAACCUUUUAAAUGUAGAAACCUGUCAGGAGAUUCACUCUCUUUUGGAGAACUAAACACCUGCUUUUGCACAGGAAUCGAAACUUUUCGAUGAUACUUAAUUUUGGUUUUGAUUUCAAAUAAUUCAGCCGUCAAAACUUGGAGAGAAAAAUCUAAACAAGUAAUUCCAGUUAAAUUUUGAGGUCUGGUCGGUGCGAAUUGAGGUAAAUCCCUGUCUAUAUAAUCAUCUUGAAACUGUCUUGUUUUAGAUUUUGAUGUUUAUUUCUCUCAUAUCACAGAAAAAAAAAAGCUUAAGCUGAUGUAAAACAGGUAUUUUGUCAAAGUUUGCAGCUCUUGAUAUUUGCAGUAUAAAGUUGCAUGGUUAUAUUGAUGGAAAAUAAAUCAGUGUGCGUUUUAUUUCACCUCUAAAACACUAAAAAUAUCCUCAUCUGUCAUAUUCAAGAAGAAAAGGAAGAAGAGAAGAAACUUUAUUGAUCCCUAAAGGGAAAUUCAAUUUGAGUUUUCAGUUCUUCUUCUUCUUCAACUUAAUAAUACGUCCAAAACUGUCCAAAAAGGUGGCAAAGUCCCUUGCAUCCCCAAAUCCUAAACAAGAAAAGAAAAAUCACAAUAUUGCAAAAAAAAAAUGUUGAUAAUCUCCCCAAACUUCUCUAAAAAGUGAAAAAUGUAUGUCCUGAUUUUAUACAAACAGCUUGAAAAACUCAAAAAGUUCAAAACAUAGUAUGACAGAUUACAUUGUUUAUUGAAGUUGGAAUGAAACAAACUUUUUUUGCAAUAUGAACUUUAUAUUUCAGAUGCACUGUUCAGAGGCAGGAUGUGUGUUGAAAUCAGCUUUUUAUGGCAGGUUUACAUCAAAAUAGUUUACUUGCAUUGUUAUAUUGAUGGUAAUAAAUCAGUGUGUAUUUUAUUCCACCUCUAAAACACUGAAAAUAUCGUCAUCUGUCAUGUUUAAGAAGAAAAGACACUUUAUUGAUCCCUAAAGGAAAAUUCAGUUUGAGUUUUAAGUUCUUCUUCUUCUUCUUCUUCUUCAACUAAACAAUAUGUCUAAAGCUGUCCAUAAAGCUGGCCAAGGGUGGCAAAGUCCCAUACAUCCCCAAAUCCUAAACUAGUAAUGAUUAACAUGAAGAAAAUUUGAAAUAUUGCAAAAAAGAAGCUGAUAAUCUCCCAAAACUUAUUAAGAAGUGAAAAUUUUGGAGUAAUACCCGAAGGCCUGGACAAAAGAGCGGAUAAAUACCUCUUGAGUAUAUUACUCACUGUGGCCUUGAAGUCUAAAACCAUCAGAUGGUUGAAACCAGAACCUCCAUCAUACAAUACAUGGAUUCAAAUCCUGUGGGAUAUUUAUCAAAUGGAGCAGCUCACAUUUGCCCUAAGGCUUCAGAAAGCCACUUUCACUAAAAGAUGGGAACCUGUACUACCUUUGUUGCUGCAAUGACAAUAUUUAUGAUGUAAAACCCUUCGGUUGUAUAUCAAAAUGCCGUCAUCCUGCCUCUGAUUGACAUUUGUACCAGUAAUUCUAUACUCUAGAGUGGACAUUACCUAUUUAUUUGAUAUAACGAUUGUUUUUGUUUUUUAUUUCCACCUUCUAUUGUCUAUGGAUGUUUGUAAAAAUACACUUACAGCUAACUAAGUUCAAAAAAAUAAUUAAAAAGUGAAAAUUUUGAGUGCAAACAGCUUGAAAAAUUCAAAAAGUUCCAAACAUCAUAUGUCGGGUUACUUUGUUGAUUUAAAGUUGGAAUGAGACAAACUUUUUCUCAAUAUUCAGUUAUUUUUAGAUUCACUGGUCAGAGGCAGGACGUGUGUUGAAAUCAGCUUUCUUUGGUAGGUUUGUAUCAAGCAACCUUCAAGUUUACUUUUCAUUGAACUUUUGCACUUUUUGUUGCUGCUUGAAAUUGUUGACAAAAUUGUAGAUCCUAAGAGGAAUCAGUACGAUCUGAAUUCUCACCACAAACACUUCUGACCAAACCCCAAGAGUGUAGAGAAAAAACAUUUUUGACACAGUGUGAACAGCCAAAGGUGAAAUGUGUUGGACUUUUUUACAUGUUUGAUCUCUUGUGGGUCAUUCCCGGCGUCACUUUUGCUUUUACGAUUAAAUUACCAUUGUUUUGGGGUUUUAGCCAAUCAGAAUGAGAAUGUUGUGACAGACCCGGUGGCACGGGCGGGCACGGGCGGGCAUCAGGGGGCCGUGCUCGCCCUGGACUCAAAGCAAAAUUUUCUAUUAAUUUGAUUUGGUGUUUGUUUUUAUCCGUCAGAGUAGUCAUCUUCAGUUAAUCCCAUCUAUCUUGACGUGUCAAUCAAUCCAACCAAUCCAAUCGAUCGAAGGCAACGUGUUAGCGGAAGGCGGACUCGCCGGUAAGCAUUGAGAAAAUGGAUAUAAGAGGUUUUUUGUUUGUCAAAAAAAGAUGACUAACACUGAUGGGAGCAAGCGAGAAGUAGCAGCAGCGCCACACAGCGCCAGUUUUAGGAAGUUAAGCACCGAAGAUAACUGUCACACUGGUGUAAACAUUCAUGCUAGCGGAGGGAGCAGCCGGGUCUGUGUUGUGAUCAUGUUAGUCAAACAAAAGAGGGUGCCCCAGUUGGCCCACCAAGAAAAAAAGCCCAGACACGGCCCUGGAUAUUUCCUGGACUCGUCUAUCGUCUUGUUAUCAUGUCAGAUUUUUCUUUUAUUGGCUCUGUGUUGUGCCAAACUUCCUCAUUGUGGCUUUAAACUCUGAGGUGUCUGAUAGUUUUGUUGAAAUGGUCCAAACCCGAGUUAGGCCGAGUUAAACGGUCUUGUUUUGGCAGUCCUGUUUCCUAUUUUCACUUGUAUGCAGAUAAGUUUCAGAUUAGCGGUCGGGCUGGUUGGUGAGGAUUUACGACUGGAAAGAUGCUUUAUGGUCGGUGCGAACGGGGUCAUGUCCUCGAAACGAGGCUUUGACUGAGGUUUGUGAAUAUCGUAUCACUCUGAAACAUUACACUGUCAUCACUAGGUCGGAUGAUGUUUAAAGGGACAGUUCGUCUUGUUUGACGUCAGAGGGGCUUUAAAUUUUAAACCUUCGGGUAGAGACGAUGUGGGAUCAGCCUCCUUGUUGGUUUGUUUGUGUUUCGAAGUGUUUCCUCCAUGUUUAUGCGCUCUACACCCCUGAUUUAACACCCACAGUCGACCAUAUAGGUGGGGUUUGUAAUUGCAUGUUGGGGUAAAACAGAUGUCACCUCCCAGCUGUGCUCGUUCCUGCCUUUGAGCUUCCACCAGGGUCACAAAGUUGGCUCUUUUCUCAGGCAGUUCACCCAGAAGAAGCAGCACAGGUCAAAGUGUAAUAAGUAGACCCCUUUUUCCAAGUGUGAUAAGUGGUCGAUUUUAUGGCGAGGACUUCUCAGAUCUGAGAAACGUCUCCAGGCCCCAUAAUUUCCCUGUCUGGAUCUCGCCAAGUCAGGCCAGCUUCCAGCAUGUUAUCAUAGUUUUGGUUGAGCUGUCGAGCCUCUGAACUUUCACCAUGACGGCUCUGGUUUUGGGGAGAGCAUUUUUCUGGUCAGGCUCGGGCAAGUCAGCCUCUCCGAAGUCGUCAGAAGAUGCCAGCUUCGGAGAGAGGAAUGGAUGAGUAACCUGGCGAGGGAGGGCCGCACAAUAGCGCACUAAUCUGAAGAGACAUGCCUAAAGAUGCUUGUAAUGGCAUAAGCCUUUUACUGAUGAAAUGAGUCAUGAAAUUCUGGUAAUCUUCCGUGUUACACCCUUUUUUUGAAAAAUGAAAUUUAGAGAAGAUGCGUCCAAGAAGCUGUGGAGUCAAAGUCUUAGCAUUGGUGUUCAAGAAAUCAAGUUGAUGUUGCGUGAAUGUCAGGAAAAAUCAUGUUUUUGCUUGUUUCGUCGAGGGAAUUACCCAUGUAGAGGUCUAACCGAAGAAAUAUGAGGUACUUUUUACAGAUUAAGUGCUGAAUUUGUUUUCUGACAGAGCUAAUUUAGACCCAAAUCCAAGGAGAAGUGACUUUAUAGAGGUCACUGAAGGUAAAAAGGACCGCUUUCCGUCCUUCUUAUUAUGUCACAGUCAUGUAAGUUUAUCAAAUACCUGUUUUAAAGUCUUUAAAGGGAUAAUUCCUGGCAAGGUGGCAGGAAAUAAACUCCUAAGCCUCAUUCAUAAAGCCGCAGCAGGUCCCCUCACAGCUAGCUGCCACUUGUCGGCUGAUGCUUUUGAUGUUUGAUUAAGCGGCUCGGGCUCUGAAUGGCGAGGAGGUGUAAGAGCGAGGAGGGGGCGCAAAACUGUCACUAAGGCUCGAUCGCAGAGUGCAGAGUGGUUUGCACACUGCUAAAAAAAGGGGUAAAAGCAAGAUAAAAACCCAAUAAAUCUGAGGAAAAAUGUACUAAAAACAAGUGAAAUUAUUUGUCCAUGCAGCAAGGUAAUUUCACUUGACAAUAUUUCUUGAAUUAAGAUGGUUAAAUCUAGAAAUAAGCUUGUCUACAAUGUAUUUAGAAGGCUUAAAAUAAACCAAAAAUGCUGGUUUUAAGUAGGGCAACUUUAGCCCGUUAGAGACUAAUCGGUAAUCGGCCAAAACUCGCCGAUUUUCGCCGAUAUUUUCAGAAAUAAAAUGCUGAGAAUAAGACUGGGUUCCCCUUCGAAAAUGUUCUGCCAUUUUAAAAGUUCCCAGAUUUAUCCAGUAGAUGGCGCAGUGACCUGAUGACAAUCCUUAUCCGCUAACUACCAGACACACAGUAAAGCAGAGACAGAUCUGAAGCAGGAGGCUCACGAACGCACGAGGAAAGAGUGGUCUGCCUGAACGGUAAAUAAACCAGGUUGUGAAGUACACAAUAAGUCAAAAAGUUUCACUUCAUCCCACUUUACGAUGUUCCCUGCUGUGCUGGUCUCGGACAUGCCGAGUUAUCGGUGAAGCACCGUGUAAUAUGCAAGCUAAAGUUAAGAGUUCUCCACGUGCUGUUAGCUUUGAUACACUGUUAGCCGUGCCAGUAACGGUAGAAUAAACAACAGUAGAGCUACUUUUCUUCUCAUAGUGACGCAGCUGCAUGUUUCCAGAUGAGACCGGACCGAAAAUGUGUAAAUUAAUGUGUUAGAGAAGACACGGAGGCAACGCACCGAUCGGCGGCGGCGGCGGUGGGGGUCGGGGGGUAGUUGAAAAUUUCUGGUCCGAGUUUCAUCAGUCGAUGUUCCUGUCGGCGUGUAGAGCAGAAGUCUACAGUAUGUCUACAGUACAUAGUAUACUGUAGAUAUCUACAGUAUAUAUGUUUUAUAACUUGAUAAAAAAAAAAUUAAAAUGGCCGAUUGAUCGGUAAUCGGACGACCCCCCCCCCCCCAAGUUUUUGCGCAUUCUAUAAGCAUAGAAUAAGUAUAAAAUGCUGGUUUAAGAUUAGAUUACUUCAAAUUUAACUUUUACAGCCGCCAUAAUAAGAAAAAUAUACUAAAUAUUAGCAUAAAGUAAGCAUAAAAUGCUGGUUUGAAGAUCAGAUCACUUGAAAUUUAACUUUAACAGCCCUUAAACAAGUGAAAUGUACCUAAUAUAAGUAUAAGGUAAGGAGAAAAUGCUGGUUUUAAGAUGAGAUAACUUAAAUUUUUACUUUUUUACAACCUCGAAAUAUGUCAUAUAGUAAAAAUAAGCAAUUACAUAUUUUGUUUUCUUACUUUUCGCAAAUUAAGAUGAUUAGUCAAACAAAUAAUAGAAAUUUAGAGAAAACAUACCCAGUAUUAGUGAAGAAUGACUAAACUCCGUUUCAAUCCAAGCAGGCUGAUCUUGAAACAAGGCUUACUUAAUCUUUAAACAAGAUUCCUUUUGAUGAGACUUUAACUUAUUUUAAGAUUUCCUGCCUAUUUGAAACAAAAAAAUAAGGUUGUGCUUGAUAUAAGAUUAAAGUGUGAAGUUAAACACUUAAAAUAAGAGAUUAAGUCUUAAAACAAAACAAAUUAUCCAACACUUCUAAAUCCAAGUUGUUUUUUUUUGUCUUGUAAGAGCCAAAUAAUUUGCAGUGCACGUGGAGACCUGCAUGUGUCAGAAACCUGAGUCUGAUUAAAACCAAGAAUGUGGAUGUUUAUUUGUCUGACCUGGCAGACUUGCAUGCAAGAUCGUAUCAUGGGAGGUGAACCUGCAUGUGCAAACUUUCAUGAAUGAGGAGAUUUGAGGAUAGAUUACUGAUUUUUCAGGUAGUGAAGUGUCUUUUAAAAGAGGUGACUUUUGGAAAUGCCACUAUUUUUGGUUCUAAAAGUAAAAAAUACAAAAUUGUGCAGUUUAGUAUCACAGAAAACAGAUAAAAAAGCUCAUUUCUGAUGUUUAAAGUUGGAGAAGUUGUUUUUUUGAUCGUCUCAAGCAAUUAUGAGCAUAUGAGAACUUGAUAAACAUGAGUUUUAACUGACAUUUUAAAAUGUGAUUUCAGCUGAAGGUUAUUGAUAACUGACUGACAACUUGGCAAAUUUAUAGCAGCUAAUAUUUACACAUCAAAGUUUUUUUUGCUACUGAGGGUGUUAAGUACUUGUAACAACAAGAACGAGGAGAUAAUUAACGAGGUAUCUGACUUUGGGUGUUGUCCAAAAUGCUCGAUUUCAACACCACAACCACAUUUAUUAAGAACAGGGGCGUGUCUGGGAUAUUUAUGGAUUAUCCAAACCCAACUGGCUGUGCCAAAUACUUGGUUCUGAUUGGCCAAAAGCCCAUCUCAGUGGUGAUUAAUUAAAGAUAACAGAUCGCCUGUUGACACUGUGGCAGAAAUGUGAGUUAUGGAUAGUAUUUAUAAAUAAUUAAUUUAUUAGUCUCAAAACUUUAGAUUGGUAGUAAAGAGUUGCAGAGAAAAGAAGACAGUGAGGUAUAAAGUUGAGAGCUGGGUGAAAGACUUCAAACAAAUGGAAGAAAACUCAAGAAAAGAAGGAAAAUCUCAGCAUGGUUUUGGUUUAAGCUGACUUGGAGAGAAGAAAAUCCUGAUAUACUUCAAAAAUUACAAUGAGGAGGAUCUUAGAUGGGUGCUGUUAUCCAUUUCUGUUAAAGAACGGCAAUAUAUUGACCAAUUGAAUUUUAACCUUAAUUUGACCCACAAGUAGGCUAAGCUUGUCUAACAAAGGGGACAAAGCAUCAAAAGUCUAUUAAGUAUAGUCUGAUUGUAGUUGUGAUAUUGUGUAGAGAGAGUCUAGUGUUCAAUUUCGCAUUACCACCUGCUUUUAUACAACAUAUCUGACUCAAAGGAGAAUUUUUAGCACUUAGUAGUAAAAUUAACAUGAACGUCUGAAGGUUAAUGCUGUUAGCCGACGUCUUUAAUGCAUCAAAUAAACAUUAAAAUGAAGAGAAUACUCGUGGUUGUUUUUCCUCUUUUUUUUCCCAGAUCAUCCUUGUAAGCACAGUCGACACUUUGCUUUUUUUCAGCUGUAACCUCAAGAAAAACAGACAGCAGUAAAGCUGUUCAAAAGGCCAUGUGUUUGCAAUACGGCGGUCGGUCAGUGAGCUAUAAAAAGAAAAAGGAAAACAAAAACAGGCAUAAUAGGAUUUAACUUUUCCGUCUCUCUCUGUUUUUCCUCUCUGCAGAGCUGGUUUAGCUCCCCGGUCACCUCAGAACCAUGAGCUGGAGCUUCCUCACCCGCCUGCUGGACGAGAUCUCCAACCACUCCACGUUCGUGGGGAAGGUCUGGCUGACAGUGCUCAUCAUCUUCCGCAUCGUUCUGACGGCAGUAGGAGGCGAAACGAUCUACUACGAUGAACAGAGUAAAUUCGUCUGCAACACGCAGCAGCCCGGGUGUGAGAACGUGUGCUACGACGCGUUUGCGCCGCUCUCACACGUCCGAUUCUGGAUCUUCCAGGUGAGACGCAGGACCGCUCUCCACCUUUUGUUCUCAUCGUGUUCCAGAAAGAUUAACCUUCGCUUUUUUUCGUCCAGGUAAUCCUGAUCACAACCCCCACCAUCAUGUAUCUGGGAUUCGCCAUGCACAAGAUCGCCAGGAGCGAAGACACCGAGUACCGGCCCAUCAGGAAGCAGAAGAAGAGGAUGCCCAUCGUCAGCAGAGGGGCGGUCCGAGACUACGAGGAGGCGGAGGACAACGGAGAGGAAGACCCUAUGGUUGCCGAGGAGAUCGAACUGGAGAAGGCGGACAAAGCAGAGAAAAGUAAGAAGAACCGAGCAGGUGAGAAGUCCUUUUUGUGCGAAAACAUCAGAUCGUAACUUCCUUAUUUUUUUUUUUUUAUGAAGGUGCAGAGAAAAAGCACGAUGGUCGCCGGCGGAUCCUGCGUGACGGCCUCAUGAAAGUCUACGUAUGCCAGCUGCUGUGGCGCUCUGGCUUUGAGAUCGCCUUCCUCUUCGGUCAGUACAUCCUCUACGGUUUCAAGGUGAUCCCCUUCUACGUCUGCACCAAAUCGCCAUGCCCACACACCGUCGACUGCUUCGUGUCCCGUCCCACCGAGAAGACCAUCUUCCUGCUGGUGAUGUACGUGGUGUCCUUCCUCUGCCUGCUCCUCACCGUCUUCGAAAUGAUCCACCUGGGGAUCGGCGGCAUCAGGGACACCUUCCGCAGGAGAGCCGCUCUCACCUCCCGCGGCUCCUCCCGUCCCUCUUCGUCACGCGCGAUGCCCACAGCUCCACCAGGAUACCACGCCACCAUGAAGAAGGAGAAGCUGAGAGGAGACAUGAGGGAUUUGCCGAUGGGAGACUCAGGCCGGGAGAGCUUCGGGGACGAGACGCAGUCUUCCAGGGAGCUGGAGCGGUUGAGGAGGCACCUGAAGCGGGCGCAGCAGCACCUCGAUCUGGCGUACCAGGUGGACGAAGGAAGUCCUUCACGGAGCAGCAGCCCUGUGGUCAACACGGCUGCAGAGACGGCGGCCGAGCAGAACCGACUCAACUUUGCCCAAGAGAAGGGAGAGACCAGCGAGAAAGGUAAGACACCCCAGAAAGACAAGAAGAAGAGACGAGUCCUGGUGCUAAACAAUAGAUGUUAGAAUAGAUGUGUGCGGAUUGUAAAGUGUAUUUAUGGUCACAUGUGUGCAUAAAAAAAAAAAAAAAGGGGAGGCAACAAAUGUUUUUUCAUGUAAAUACUUCUGUGACAGACAUUCACUCUCCGUAAGCUGGAAUAGCAUCAACAGUGCGGUUAAACCGAUUUGGCACCCUCGCCAUCAACAUCAGGUGUUAAACAAGGGACUGUCAACAAAUUACCGGUUGAUGUUCUCAAAAAAAAGUCUGUUUCCCUUCAAUAACUUCCAUUUCAUGUGACCAAUUGACCUAAAAUUGAUUUCAAAUAAUAAUACUUAUGUUGACCCAUAAGAGAAACAUUAUUUGAUCAAUUUUCAACUUGAAAAAAGUGUGAAAGUUGGUGUCAAACCCUGUCUUUGCACUCUAAAAUAAUAUGCAAACCUUUAAAAUCGGUCCAAACGUUAAUAAAACAGAAGUUGUAAAAUAGUUGAAAGUUUUUAUGUCACCAUGAAUCCAAACGACUGAGAUGACCUUCUCUGCUGAUCCAAAUGAGAGGAUAGAAGCUCCAAGCUUUUCUGACCCUGUUUGAGACCUUUUAUGAUCACUUUUUAGACUCCCGAGUCACCAAAAUGCAUCUGAAAACGCGACUAAAACGAGCUCAAACACUUUUCGAAGACUUCGUCCAGGUCUGGAUAUUCCUCUUGAUUUUCUGGCGGAAACAUCAGGAAGCCCGAAAUAUUGCCAACCUAUAAAAAUAGUUUUUUCCACGAGUCAUGUUUUGCAUCAUCGUACAGUUUUAUUGAAUUGAUGUAAGAAAAUAAACUUUACCGCUCAGAGUAAGUCCUUUAAACCUCCACAUGUGACUCUUUUCCAUCACUAAGAUUUUGUGAAUCGACUCAGACCUCAAGUCAGCGCACGUCAUCCUCUCCACAGAGGAACCCUUUCUUUAAAAUUUCAGGUUUGAAGCGAGCAAACGUGCUGAAUAUCCUUCUUGUUUUUCUCUUCCUCCCCCAGGAAUACGUGCCUGAGCGUGCUUCCCGCCUCAAACGUCUGCGCCUCCAUUCCUACUGGCCUUAAACACAUGGGGGAAGCACAUAUGGGAGUGCAGUCAGACCACUGAGGGAGACCAAGAGUGUGUGUGUGUGUUUGAAUGUGUGUGUGUGAGUGUGUGUGAGUGUGUUUGAGUGUGUGUAUGUGUGAGUGUAUGUGGAUGAGAGAAACGUGCCUUCCAGUAUUAGGGGUCGGCCCGAAAGCUGACCGAGGUUCAUCUCUUCACGACUGUAAACUUGAAAGCCUGCCACAUCUUCAGUUUCUACUCGCAGACCGACGUCUAAAAACCUCGACCGUGCCUUCACUUCAAAAUUCGUCUACACCCUUUUAUUUUUUUUUUCCUGAACGCCCACUCUAUGUUUUUGUGGCCAUGCUGUAAUCCUCCAUUUCAGACCUCGCAUGGAUUAUGGAAAGCUUUAAACUCCUCCGGCCGAGUCUACCCUUGUUGUCCUCCGCACAAAAAAAAAAAAAAAGAAAAAGAGUGGCUCUUUUGUUUAUAAAAAGUCCCGCAUGUUGGCUGCGCAGCGGAUCUCCAACAACACAGCCUGGGGUUAUGUCGUGUCUGAAGCACGUGCAGUAGGAUAUUUUCUUUUUUUUUUUUUUUUCUUUUGCAACCACGGCGGCUUAACCUGUACUAGACAGGCUCAUUUCUCAUUGCUUAAGUCAAACAGAUUUGAUACUAGGGAUUAUUUUUGUUUAAUAGCGAGAAAAACACACACCAGACAGAUUUCGUCGCCUGUUCGUUCGUUCAAAUCGGCCAAAAUGUUUACCUGGGAAAUGCUUGAAUUCUUUAUCGACCGGAAAUGUUCCAAGAGGUUUCCAAGAACCCACUUUUUUGGUACAACUAAUUCAUUUACUUUCCUUUUUCUUCGACCAAAGCUCUUGAUUUUUGUUUUUCCUUUUUUCUAGAUUAGAAGGAAGAGUUGGCAUCUUGAGCGCCACCUGUUUCACAUGACUGCUGAAAAAUAGCCUCUUGGAGUUUAGUCAGCCUUUUCUUUUUUUUUGUUCCAUCUCUGAUUAAUGUACAAAACAAAUGAUUCAUAAUGUUAGUGCAGAAAGUUUCAAAACUAUCACUUUUUCUCUUGGUGAAACAGCUGAAAACAUCUGUCUCCAGGGCGACCGUCAACAAAGACAUUUCCAACCUUGUCUUUUCGAAUUUACAUUUUUCUCCAGUGAGACAUAUUUUCCAUCCUUGACGUGCGCCACUGCCCCUCCGUCGCGCUCAAACACGGGCGCUGCAGCUUUCAAGCAUCCGGGGGGAACGGACAAAAAAAUCGCUGAGGAGGGGAUGACAGUUGGCUGCUGACGCACAGCCCUGCGCCAUGUAAACACACACACAAUCUCCAUUCAUCAUGAGACUUUUGUUCUAUCGUUCUCUCCGUGUUUCGGUGUUCUCUGGUUUUAUGGUCUUUGGCUGGAAUAAUGUUACUGCAGAUUGCCAAAGAGUUGUUGGAUGCUGUAUUUUUGUAAUCAUCUCAAGUUCAUGUUUGCUACUUCAUACAAGGUACGACGAUCCAGUUCGGAUAUGGUACUUUUUUCAACGCCUUUUUUGUUUUUUCUAUUGUAAGUUUUUGUAGUUUUUGUAACUGUAGAGAUUAUUUUGUGUUCAGAGAAAAUAAAUAUAUUUGAACGUUA